UACGCGAGGCCGUCCGCGAGCCACAAAUCGGGCCGCCCCGCGCGCCCCGGCCGCACAUCAUCCCCAAUCAGGCAUACCGCAUACAGCAGGAGCAGCGUAUCGAUCGCCGCCACUAUCUAUCACGGCGCCGCGCCCGCCGCCGUCGCCGACUCGCCGUGCCAUCCAGUCCAGACGAGUCGAGGUGCGGCCACCUCCUCCUCGUCCCGUCCGCACCCGGGAGGGAGGGAGGGAGGGAGCAAUGCCGCUGGCGCUGGCGCAGCUGCAGGACAUCGGGGACCGCAUCUCCGACCGCCUCAGGCCGUGGAGCCGCUCCGCGCAGUUCUGGGUCCGCGCCGCCGACAUCUACACCAGCUACAAGGUUUGCCAGCUGCGCGCGGGGUUCGUCAAGGAUGAAGAGGAGCGGGAGGCCAUGUGGGAGCUCCAGCACGAGAUUGGUGCGCAGAAGAUGUACUCCCUCUGCUCUGAGCUCGGCGGUCUCUUCCUCAAGGCUGCACAAAUUCUGGGUAAGCCUGACUUGGCACCGAUGGCUUGGGUGAAAAGGCUGGUUACAUUGUGUGACAAGGCUCCAGCCACACCCAUUCAUGUUGUUAGAGAUGUUGUGGAGAAACAGUUUGGCAAGAGCUUUGAUGAUAUGUUUGAAUACUUUGAUGUUGAGCCUGUUGGAUCUGCUUCUAUUGCACAGGUGCACCGAGCAAGGCUUAGAUUAUCAAAGACAGAUGUUGCUGUAAAGGUUCAACAUCCAGGAGCUGAAAAAUUGAUGAUGGUUGACAUCCGGAACAUGCAAGCAUUUGCAUUGUUUUUGCAGAAGUAUGACAUCAACUUUGAUCUAUACUCUGCGACCAAAGAGAUGGAAAAGCAGAUAUGCUAUGAAUUUGACUUUGUGCGCGAAGCGAAGGCGAUGGAUAGAAUACGAGAAUUCUUAUUUGUCACUAACAAGAAACCUCCUGUCAUAGUGCCCCGUGUGAUUCCUGAAAUGGUUAGCAGGGAGGUUUUGAUAAUGGAAUUCAUUGAAGGGACACCAAUAAUGAAUCUUGGCAGUGAAAUGGCUAAAAGGGGCAUUGAUCCUGGUGGUAAGAUCGCAACAAUGGCAAAGCAGAAGAUUUUAACAGAUCUUACACUUGCCUAUGGUCAAAUGAUCUUGAAAGAUGGUUUUUUCCAUGCAGAUCCACACCCAGGAAACAUCCUUAUCUGCAAGAACACAGAGGUAGCUUUACUUGAUUAUGGACAAGUGAAAGCAAUGCCAGACGAUUUACGACUUGCUUAUGCAAAUCUUGUAAUUGCAAUGGCUGAUGAUGAUUUUUUGAGGACUAAAGAAAGCUUCAGGGAGAUUGGUAUUGAAACAUGGAGUAUAGCUGAUAAUGAGCUAGAAGAAUUAUUUCAGUUAUCCCUUAGAAUGUUCGAUACAAGGUUACCACCAGGAGUAACUGCUAUGUCGCCCUUCGCUGAGGAUUCUUCACUAAAUAAAGUUGGAGUGCAGAGCUUCCCUGAAGAGCUAUUUUCGGUGCUCCGAACUAUACAACUUUUGCGUGGGCUUACUGUUGGGAUGGGCCUUAGAUUCUCUUGUGCUCAGCAAUGGAAGCCAAUUGCUGAGGAAGCUUUGUUGAAGUCUGGCAGACUAAAAGCUGCAAGAUCAAGACGGCCACGAAGUUUUAUCAGGAGAUUGUUUUGGAGAGAUAGUGACAACUGUACAUGAUAUUACAAUUGUGUGAUAUAACACAUGUCAUGUACUGAAUUGGCAUUAAAACAGGCUUAAGCCUCGAUUUUUAAUGAU